GAGAUCAGCUGUGCUUCUCUGGCCUCAGCUCUGAAGUCCAACCCCUCCCAUCUGAGACACCUGGACCUGAGUGUCAACAAGCUGCAGGAUUCAGGAGUGAAGCUGCUGUGUGGUUUUCUGGAGAGUCCACACUGUAGACUGGAGACUCUGAGAUUGAGGUCCUGCAGUUUGUCAGAGAUCAGCUGUGCUUCUCUGGCCUCAGCUCUGAAGUCCAACCCCUCCCAUCUGAGACACCUGGACCUGAGUUUCAACGAGCUGCAGGAUUCAGGAGUGAAGCUGCUGUGUGGUUUUCUGGAGAGUCCACACUGUAGACUGGAGACUCUGAGAUUGAUCUCCUGCAGUUUGUCAGAGAUCAGCUGUGCUUCUCUGGCCUCAGCUCUGAAGUCCAACCCCUCCCAUCUGAGACACCUGGACCUGAGUGACAACAAGAUGCCAGAUUCAGGAGUGAAGCUGCUGUGUGGUUUUCUGGAGAGUCCACACUGUAGACUGGAGACUCUGAGAUUGAGUUCCUGCAGGUUGUCAGAGAUCAGCUGUGCUUCUCUGGCCUCAGCUCUGAAGUCCAACCCCUCCCAUCUGAGACACCUGUACCUGAGUCACAACAAGCUGCAGGAUUCAGGAGUGAAGCUGCUGUGUGGUUUUCUGGAGAGUCCACACUGUAGACUGGAGACU